AUGGCUACUGCUGGUGUGGAAAAUCUAGUUACUUUGUUAUCUCAAAGAGAAGCUCCAAGUAAAGUCAAUAAUAAAGCAGAAAAAGAAUUGAAAACCUUUGAUCCAAAAUAUUCUGUUGGUAUUGAUGUUUUGCCUUUGCAAACCCAAAAUUUGAAGGCAAAGAAUGGUGAUGUUUUUAAUUUGUUGCUUGUCGGAGAAUCAGGUUUAGGUAAAACUACAUUUGUUAAUACUCUUUUUGGUACUUCACUUUUACCAAGCGUCUGGCAUAACGUGGAAGAAAUUACCCCAAAUGUUAAAUUUGAUAAAACAACAAGUAUUGUUCGCCAUACUGCUCAUUUGACCGAAGAUGAUUUUAAUUUGGAUUUCACUGUGAUUGAUACCCCAGGAUUUGGUGACUUUGUUGAUAACAGUUUUGGUUUUGUUCCGAUUACAAAUUAUAUUGAUGAUCAAUUAAGAUUAUACAUGUUUCAAGAAGAACAACCUAACCGUACAAAAUUGAAAGAUAAUAGGGUUCAUGCAUGUCUUUAUUUCAUUAAACCAACAAGUAAAGGUCUUUCUCCAUUAGAUAUUGAGGCUUUGAAACAUAUUUCUAACAGAGUUAACUUAAUUCCAAUCAUUUCUAAAGCUGAUAGUUUAACCCAUAAUGAAUUAAAAGAAUUGAAAAAAACCAUCAAGGAAAUAGUUGAAGUUCAGAACAUUAAAAUUUGUGAAUUUAUCGAAGACGAAGAAGUCAAAAAGGAUAUUUUGAAGAAUAUUCCAUAUUCAAUUAUUGGCUCAGAAUCAGUUGUAAUCAAUGAAGAUAAUAAUACCACAAUUAGAGGUCGUAAAUAUAAAUGGGGUAUUGCAGAAGUUGAAAAUGAAAAACACUGUGAUUUUAUUAAAUUAAGAGAUACACUUAUGGCUAAGAAUAUGGUUGAUUUGAUCUCAAGUACUGAAUCUUAUUAUGAGAGUUGUCGUAAUAAACUUGCCAAAACUAGAAUCAAACAGGCAAGAGAUACUUUGGAAGACAAUGAAUCAAUUAAGCAUUUAAAUUUUGAUGACCCUGAUAAAAAUGGUUUACAAAACCAAAAAAUAUUAUCAAAAUUCAAUAAGCCAUUUGUUGAUGAAUUAGUCAUUGAAUGGAGUCCAAUUUUCAUACAACAACAAUUAACUCAAAAGAAAAAAUUUACACAAAUUGUCCAAUUUGAAGAGAAGAAGUUUAAAGACUGGAAGAAGGCUUUAUUUGCAAAGCAAUCCACAUUCAAUGGUGAAAUUGAAGAGAUUCACCAACAGAUUAAAUCAUUAAAUAAUAGUAUUACAUUGUUGAAACAUCCAAUCAAGGAUGGUGAAGAUGAACAAGUUGAUGUUGGUGAAUUAACUGAUGGUGAAGGUGAAAAUGAUGAAAUUUUUGACUUGUCAAAGAAAUCGGAAAACUUGAAUAUUGAUGAUGAAUAG